AUGGGUUGCAGCUCUCAGCUCUCCCAUGAUCAUGCAUUUAUCAUUCAUACAGACCAGGGCAAACACCAAAGGCAGAUAGGAAUUCUGCCGGGCAUAAGACACAGUUUUCUGGGACCAGGAUCUGUGCAGACAGGGGAAGGGACUGUUUCCCUGCUGGCUGCGGCUUCUGGCAGGCGGCAGAUCAGUAGCACCUUCCUGAAGAUUGGCCAGAUUGGCCAAGUUGGCCACGGGCACCAUGGCCACUCCCCUGACUCCCUCCCAGGGAGUCGUUGUGCCUCCUCCCCACCCUGUUUCACAGACAGUAUACUGCAGAGCAAAGUUCUAAAAGCUGAAGACAAAAGUGGAGUAACUAGUUCUUCUGGGAGCUCAUCAGUUCAUUCUGCUCAGCAACAACCUCUGGGAUCUGUUUCUCAGGAGCCAAGACCACCUCUUCAGCAGUCUCAGGUUCCUCCCUUGGAAGUUAGAAUGACUGUUCCUCCUUUAGCAACAACGAGUUCUGCUCCAGUGGCGGUGCCUUCUGCCCCAGUGACUUACCCUGUGCCCCAGACACAAAUGGGAUGCUCCCAGCCUGCUCAUAAGAUGGAAACCCUUCCUAUUAGGCCACCUUCUCAUGGCACAACUGCCCCUCACAAGAAUCCAGCUCCAGUGCAGAAUUCAUUUGUUUUAGUUCUCAGUGUCAAUCCCAUCAAAAGACCUCACAGCAUUCCCUCUUCUGUUCAGCUACCUUCAACCUUAAGUACACAAAGUGCUUGUCAGAAUUCAGUACAUCCAGCAAAUAAGCCUGUUGCUCCCAAUUUCAGUGACCCCUUACCAUUUGGGCCUUUUAACACAUUGUUUGAAAACAGCCCUACUUCUGCUCAUGCCUUUUGGGGAGGAUCUGUUGUUUCAUAUCAGUCAACACCAGAAACUAUGCUAUCAGGAAAAUCCUUGUAUUUGCCAAAUUCAGAUCCUUUACAUCAGUCUGAUACUUCUAAAGCUCCGGGUUUUAGACCACCAUUACAGAGACCCUCUCCAAGUCCCUCAGGUAUUGUCAAUAUGGACUCACCAUAUGGUUCUGUAACACCUUCUUCUACACAUUUGGGAAACUUUGCCUCAAACCUUUCAGGAGGUCAGAUGUAUGGACCUGGGGCAUCCCUUGGAGGAGCACCGACAGCUGCUAAUUUUAACAGACAACAUUUCCCCCUUAGUUUGUUGACUCCAUGUUCAUCAGCAUCAAAUGAUUCUUCUGCACAGUCGGUACCUUCUGGAGUUCGUGCACCAUCUCCUGCCCCUUCAUCAGUACCUUUAGGGUAAGAAAAGCCCAGCAGCGUCUCUCAGGACAGGAAAGUUCCAGUCCCUAUUGGGACUGAACGUUCUGCACAUAUCAGGCAAACUGGAACUUCAGCUCCAUCUGUUAUUGGGAGUAAUUUGUCUACAUCAGUAGGGCAUAGUGGCAUCUGGUCCUUUGAAGGGAUUGGCGGCAAUCAAGACAAAGUAGACUGGUGUAACCCUGGGAUAGGAAAUCCUAUGAUUCACAGACCAAUGUCUGAUCCAGGAGUAUUUUCACAGCAUCAAGCAAUGGAGCGAGAUAGUACAGGAAUUGUAACUCCUUCUGGUACAUUCCAUCAGCAUGUUCCUGCAGGCUAUAUGGACUUUCCUAAAGUUGGGGGUAUGCCUUUUUCUGUAUAUGGGAAUGCAAUGAUUCCUCCAGUAGUGCCUAUCCCUGAUGGUGCUGGAGGACCCAUAUUUAACGGCCCUCAUGCUGGGGACCCCUCUUGGAAAUCACUGAUAAAGAUGGUUUCAAGUUCCACGGAAAAUAAUGGCCCUCUGGUGUGGACUGGACCCUGGGCACUUCACACGAACAGUGUGCAUAUGAACCAGCUUGGCUGA